AUGACAGAUAUAAUGUCUGACAAAGAACAUUUUGAUAAUAAUAAUGAUCAAUUACUCAAUGAUGAAAAAUUACUUGCAAAUCAAAUAAAACAAUAUGAAGCAAUAAAUGAUCAACGACUUAAUUCAUCUUAUCCAUUUAUUGUUCGUAUUGAUGGAGUUUCAUUUCGAAAUUAUACACAUGGUUUUAAUAAACCAUUUGAUCAACGUAUGACACGAGCAUUUAUUCGUACAUCAGCUGAUUUAUUACAACGUUUUAAUCCAUUAACAGUUUUUUAUCAAUCUGAUGAAAUUUCACUUGUUUUUGAUGGAUAUUCAACAAUUGAUACUAUAGAAAAAAAUCCACGUGAACAUAUAUAUUCUGGUCGUAUACAAAAACUUGUUUCAGUACUUGCAUCAUAUACAGCAGCUAAAUUUAAUAAAUAUAUUAAUGAAGAAGAUUGGUCUGAUAUAAAUAAUAAACAUGUACAAGAACGUCUUUUAUCACAUUCAGCUUAUUUUGAUGGUCGUGCUUUUUCUGUACCAAAUCAAUUUUCUGCAAUGGCAUCUAUUUAUUGGCGUCAUCGAUAUGAUACAUUAAAAAAUUCUACAUUAUCAUAUGCAUUAAGUUAUUAUUCACAAAAUUCAAUUUUAGGUAAAAGUCCAUAUGAAUUACGAAAUUUACUUCGUAUAGAAAAAAAUUGGGAUAUGUUAAAUGAAGCACCAAAAAAUAUUAUAUAUGGAACAUUUUUAAAAAAAGAAUUAUAUGAUUUAGAAUGUAUUGAUCAUAAAACACAACAAUCUAUAAUUGCUAAACGUAGUCGAAUACGUAUUGGAUCAUUUGAUAUGAAUAAAUUAUUACAAACAACUGAAGAGAAAAUAAAAUUUAUUAUGAGUAAAUAUUGGAAUGAUUGUAAUACAACUAUAGAUAAUAUUGAAAUACCAAAUUGGUGGAUGAAAUAUUAUCAAAAACAAGAAACAUCGACAACUGAUUAA